CCCUGCAAAAUAAAUGAAUAAAUACAUGCAGAAUGAAUGUAUACUUGUUUCUGUGCCAGUAUUACAUAACACAAAGGAUUCAAAUGGAUCGUUUUUACGUGUAUAUACUUUAAUGUAUCGCAUGUCUAAAACCAGUUAUUGCUGGAGUGAUUUUCUUAAGCGAAGAGAAAAAUUAUUCGAAGUCGUUUACAAACCAAACACAGCAGGAUUUCCUCGAACCGGCCCUUCUGGUUUCCAACCGGAUCCGUUUUCCCGGAUCAGCUGUGAAGACGAGACGAUGACGUAGUUUCCGGUCUCACACGCACACACACACCCGAUUUUCAACAACAAGGCGAGCCGAGCCGAGCUGAGACGCGGAGACGAGGGCACCGCCAGAGCAAACAAGAAAUCCAAGAAGUACCGUCACUCAGGAAUCCCCCUUCAAUACAGUCGGAAUCCACCAACUUCAACAAAUGAGGCAGAUGUUUUAGAGGGGGAAGCACCCCCUCCCCCCUCGCACACACACCCCCCCCACUCUCCCCGCCAGCACCGGCAGGUCCAGUUUUAGGUGUGUGUGUCUUUGCUGAGCCCCGGGAUGGAGAGGAUUUGAGGCAGCUCCCUCCUCAGGUGCGAGUCCUGAGUUGUGACACAGGAAGCUCAGGCUCUACAGGUUCUUCAGAGCCCCCCUGCUUGUAAUAUGAGCCAUGGACUCCUGGGCAGUUGAUAGUCCUGUGACCCUGGUCAUUAAGGCCCCCAACCAGAAGUAUGGGGACCAGACCAUUAACUGCUUCCUCAACUGGACCGUGAGGAGGCUGAGGAGUCACAUCUCCAACGUGUACCCCAGCAAGCCGCUGUCCAAAGACCAGCGGCUGGUGUACUCAGGGAGGCUCCUUCAAGACCACCUGCAGCUCAGAGAUGUGCUCAGAAAGCAGGAUGAAUACCACAUGUUGCACCUAGUGUGCGCCUCCAAAAGCCCCCCGGCCUCGCCCAUGCCCCGGAGCGCCGCCGUGGCCGGCUCUGACGCCAGCAGUUCAGAUACCCCCCAUGCCAGUCAACCAUCCCCAUCCCCCUCCCCCUCCUCUUCUACCUCGGUCCCGGGUAGUUAUGACGGGCUGCGGUAUCGCGGCGGCAUCCCGCAGUACAACCCUCAGGGCCCCGCCGGGGUCCCUCAGUGGCCAGACGCAGCCCAGGUCCCUCUACAGGGCAACAUGCCCCCCCACCCCAUGUACAUGCCCAUGCAGAUGCUGUGGUGGCAGCAGAUGUAUGCGCGCCACUACUACAUGCAAUAUCAGGCGGCAGUAGCCGCCGCCCAGCCUCCUCCCCCUCCCCCGCCCUCCUCCCCCUCCCCCUCGCCCCUUCCGCCCGCCCAGCCCAACGAGGCCGUGCAGCCCCCGCUGGGGCCCAACCCGGCCCCCAACCCACUGCCCGAGAACCAGCCGGCCAACCCCAUCCAGAUGAACGCGCAGGGGGGGGCGGUGCUGAACGACGACGAGCUGAACCGCGAUUGGCUGGACUGGUUGUACACGGUGUCGCGCGCCGCCGUCCUGCUCAGCAUCGUCUACUUCUACUCCUCCUUCAGCCGCUUCGCCAUGGUGGUCGGCGCCAUGCUGCUCGUCUACCUGCAUCAGGCUGGUUGGUUUCCCUUCAGGCCGGAGCAGCAGAACGUCGGAGGAGGAGGAGGAGAAGGAGAACCUCAGGAGGAGGACGACGGGAGACACCAGGACAUACAGGAAAUGGAGCGCCUGAUGGAUGAGGGGAUGGAGGACAUGGCCGGGGGGGCAGGGCACCGGGACCCUGCUGCCGUUGUCCACGAUCCCGGCUUCCUCGCCACCGCGUGGUCCUUCAUCAGCACCUUCUUCACCUCCAUCGUCCCAGAGGGAAGGCACCAACCGGCCAACUAGGAAGAGCCGUCCCUCGUGUCCUCCUGUUAUACCGCUAGACUUAAGUAUCACAAUUCCCACCUAAAUACCCCUAAGCCAUCUUCAGUCACCCCGGUGCGUUCAUAUACCAGACCUUCUGGUUCUAACACCCCGGGUGUCUUUGUACAUUGAAAACAGGCCCCUCUGAGGUUUAAGCGCAGAUGUGUCAGAAUAAAGGAACAUAAAGAAAGUUAAUUUCACGUUGUUUUAAUGGAUCAAGUGAUAUAUACAUUUCUUUUUUCAUUGGUCUUGAAUUAAAUGAGAUGUGGUGAGAGAACCUGGAGGGAGCUGUCUUCAUUUCAAACAGUGAUGAGGUGAUGCUUUUCAAACCUUUAAAUGAGGGACGUGAUCAAAACAAUCGCAAAAGACAUUUUCACUUUCACACAAAGUGCAUAAAGACAUUGCAGCUACUGAAGCACAUUGUUUUCCCACUUUGUGUGUUUGAAUAUUAGUUACACAUGUAAGUAUAUGCAUCUCUAAUUCCUCAAUAUUUGCUUUUUUAAAUAAAAAUCUUGCUGUUCGA